AUGGAACUCAAGAUAAGUGUUUGCACGCAGCCCCUGCAGCGACAGGUCGACAAUCUGCACUUUUCGACACCUCACCUUAGCGAGUGCCGAACCGCACAACCGUCCUUCACCAUCGCUGCCGGCUUAGCCAUUGACACGGAGGACCCUACCCGCAGCCUCUCCCCUUUUCAUCCCCGUCCUUUCCACUUUGUCGUUUGCUACCUUAUUCCCCCCAUUUACAUGUCGGUGCAUAUUGACCCUGGCUAUGGCACAAGAGUCAUGCGACGAGUUGUCGUGACAGGGCUCGGCGCCAUUUCGCCCUUCGGUGUUGGCGUGCGUACCACGUGGAAACGUCUGUUGGCUGGAGAAUCUGCCAUCACCAGUGUGGCUGACUUAGAGCCGCGAAGCCGCUGGAAAGAUCUGACGAGCACAGUUGCUGGAGUAGUCCCCAGUCAUGGCUCAGGUCCCGAUCAGUGGCGGCCGGGUGACUGGCUGGACGCCACGGAACAACGUCGCAUGUCCAAGUUUGCCCAGUACGCCGUAGCAUGCGCCGACAUGGCAAUGAAAGAUGCCGGGUGGAAUCCGCAGAGCCAAGAGGACAAGGAGGCCACGGGCGUGUGUCUUGGCAGCGGUAUAGGAAAUCUCGAGGAGAUUUACGAGACGAGCUUGGCCUUCAACCAACAAGGCUACAAGAAGGUUUCACCACUCUUCGUUCCCAAGAUUCUCAUCAACUUGGCCGCCGGCCAUAUCUCAAUGAAGUACGGAUUGCAAGGCCCCAACCAUUCCGUCACGACCGCCUGUACAACGGGUGCUCAUUCCAUGGGAGAUGCGAUGCGAUUCAUUGCUUUUGGUGAUGCCGACGUCAUGGUUGCCGGCGGAACGGAAUCCUGCAUCCAUCCCCUGACCUUUGCUGGUUUCGGGAGGGCAAGGUCCCUCUCCACAGCUUACAACCACCACCCCCACGCCAGCUGUCGUCCCUUCGACCGCGACCGAAAUGGUUUCGUCGUUUCGGAGGGGUCGGCAGUCCUUGUCCUCGAGGAACUCGAGCACGCCAAGGCCCGCGGAGCCAACAUCUACGCGGAGGUGAGGGGCUACGGGUGCAGCGGCGACGCGCAUCACAUGACGGCCCCGCGGGAAGACGGACACGGAGCAUUCCGCGCCAUGAAGCUUGCUCUGAAGAACGCGGAAGUUCGACCGGCCGAGGUGAGCUACAUCAACGCGCAUGCAACAGGGACACAGGUUGGCGAUGCGGCAGAAGCUUCCGCGAUACGAAGCAUCAUGACAGGCGAGGAGGGUUACGCAGACGAGUCACAGGUGACUGUGAGCAGCACCAAAGGUGCCGUUGGCCAUCUGCUAGGGGCGGCUGGCGCCAUCGAGGCCCUGUUCGCCGUGCUAUCGGUUGCAGAGGAUAUCGUGCCGCCUACGCUGAACCUCGAGAAUCCAAAUGUCGGGGGAUCCAUGAAUAUGGUACCCCUCGAGGCACAAGCGAAACAGGUUAACGUUGCUAUUUCCAACAGCUUUGGCUUUGGCGGGACGAAUGCCUCGCUGGUUUUUUCCAAAAAUCAGAAUAACCAUGCGAUGACGGCUGCGCCCGCGAAAUGUCUAAAUUGGCUCUGGCUUAGACUCAGACUUUGGGCACACCAUAAGAGAGGCUUUAUGGAAAGCUUCGCAUUUCUUCGAGAGAAGCACGGUACGCAGACGUGGUGGACAUGGCCCGAAGUUCCGCCGGCCUGGCAUGUGCUAGCUCGAAAUUUCCCAUUCGAUGUGUUCAUGAACUUUUUUUUGGAUGACGUCCAGACUUUUGGUGAGCUCCGCGUUUCUGGGCCCAAGCUGCUGGUCAACGUCCAAUACCCCGAUUCUCCGGCUCACGAGACCUCGAUUGACCGCAUACACUUUCGAAUCAAUCGACGACCCCCUUUACACCCAUCACCCACGCGACAUUCCGAGAUAAGACACGGAACCCGCUGCCGAUACCAGGCAAGACUCCUAGCCCGGAGCCUACGCGCCACCGCCGACCUGGCGUCCGCAUCGCCGUCCCAGCAGACAUCCAUCGCCGCGACGGCGCGCCGAGCGGCGGUACUGACGACAUCCAAGACCGGCGGCCCAGCCGCGACUACCACCAUAGGAAGGAGGCACUUCAGCCAGACGGCGACGCGGCGGGACGCGGCGCCGUCUUCCGGCGGACUCAAGCAGGCCAUUGCGUCGGGCAUGAUGGCCGCCGCGCCAAAGACCAUGGCCGCGACCCUGACCACCUCCCGUCUCGAGGCGCUAUACAAGAUCUGUUCGUCGCCGGCGCUGUACAAGAUCUCGGAGCAGGAGCGCGCCAAGGAUAUGGUGCGCAUGACGGCCGAGGGGGAGGAGGUUGGAGACCCCAUUGGGCCGUGGUUGCAAUUCCUCGACCUCCAACCGGGUUUCAGCUCCUGGUCCCAAGCCACGAUGCUGCACAUGUACCUCGUCCUCGCCCGCCUGCGCUGCCUCGACCGCGACAGCUCCCGCAACCUGCAGCACCAGUUCAUCGACCAGUUCUUCUUCGACUGCGAGCGCAUGAUGCACCUCAAUCACGGCAUGACCUCGUCCGCCCUCCGCCAGCGCUACCUCAAGGAAAUCUUUGUCCAGUGGCGCGGCCUCAUCGCCGCCUACGACGAGGGCGUCGUCAAGGACGACAAGGUCCUCGGCGCCGCCGUGUGGCGGAACCUGUUCAAGAGCCGCGAGGAUGCCGACCUGCGACAGGUCGCUGCCGUGGUCGGGUGGAUGCGCGCUACGCUGCAGGACCUCGAGGCGGCGCCCGUGGAGGACAUUCUGGUGGCGCCGGCUAAAGUGUUCAAGAGGGAUGUGAGGGAGAUGUUUGCUCUUGUUGAUGCUGUUGGGCCGCAGGUCAAGGGGGAUGUUGCGAAGCUUGGGGGUGGCCAGGAGCAGGCGGCGGUAAAGGCACAUUCUGAACGAUUCGUGGGUCGCCGCAGUGUAUCGAUUUUUGGGGAAGAUGACGAGAAUCAUGUACAGCAUUUGACGGACGUCGCAGACUGUUCCCAGACAGAAUGGAAAAUCACGAAUAAGAUUCCAUCCAACUCAGCAUUUCUUGCAAAUGUAGUCAUCUUAUCGCUCCUUCCCGUACCAUGA